AUGGCGCUGCUUUGGAGGUUCGGCGUACUUCUGGCUUCCUGCGCUCCCUUCGGGGUUGGCGGCUUUCUCCCCGGAGCGACGCCGGAGCGACGCGAAGGCGCUUCGAGAGCACGGAAGGAUGGUGAGUCAGAGAGGCGUAUGCCGUUUACCCCUUUCCCCGCCGCGCCUUGGGGCCGCCUUCACACGUUACUUCUUCCCAAGCGCGGGUCCGUUUGCAGUCAACUACCACGCAGGCUGACCCGGGAAAGCCGCGGCGGCGUUGGGAAUCCCGAGUAAACACGCAUGAAGAUUUGCAGCAUUAAAAAAUAAUAAUGGAAGCAUAGCUUGGCUUGUUUUGAUCUGCUACAACAACCCUGCAAGGUAGGUGGGUUAUUGUGAAGCUUCCUUAUUUCAAGUCAGUCCAUUGGUCCAUCUUCUAUAUAUCCACACUGGCUGCCUAGCAGCAGCAGCUCUCAGUAAAGGUGCUUUUAUUGCCAAGCUUACCUGGAGAUACUGGGGAUUUAACUUGGAGCCGUUUGCAUGCAGAGCAGGUGCUCACAAUAAUAAAUCAGGCCAGCAUCAUUGCGUGUUGCAGAGAAAACAGCAGCUUGUCAGUAGUGAGGUGGAGCGGAAUUUCCUGAUGACUCAAGUUGCAGUUCUAUUCAUAUCUGCAAAGAAGUCAUUCCCUUUGGAUUCGAUGGUAAGUGGUGUUAGAAUUGCAGCCUCUCUCUUCUAAGCUGUUAUACCAGGGUGGGGAAACCUGUGUAUUUCUCUCGCCAAAUGUUUGCAGACUCCAGGUCCCAUCAUCCCAUGCUGGCUGGAGCUGAUGGGAGCUGGAGUCUGACAUCAUGGGCCAUCCUUUGGACCUCUGUAAAUGCAUUUUUAUGUGAUCCCUGAUUGGUUAGGACAUGAUUGGUCCAGGACAGGAGUGGAAAACCUGUAGACCUGCAGAUGUUGCUGGACUACAGCUCCCAUCAUCCCUGAUCGUGGGUGCCAUGCAGUGUGCAUGACCCUGGCAUGCCCAGCCCCUUCAUAGGAAAUUUUGAGGGUGCUCAGGCACCCAGUGCCCCAGGGAGUUGGCACCUAUGCCCCUGACCGUUGGCCAAACUGGCUGGGACUGAUGUGAGCCAGACAACAUUUGGAGUGUGGCAAUUUCCCCAUCUCUGCCUGUGGUUUAGUUUAUCCCACCAUGGAGCCAUUGGCCAACCCUCUUCAUUGGAGUAUGUGAUUGUCAGGCAAGAUGAAGGUGCCUCUAAGCAUGUUCAGAGGGCAUUUGCAUUAAAAGGUCAAGGUAAAGGGACCCCUGAACAUUAGGUCCAGUUGUGGCCCACUCUGGGGUUGCGGCGCUCAUCUCGCUUUAUUGGCCGAGGGAGCCGGCGUACAGCUUCCGGGUCAUGUGGCCAGCAUGACUAAGCCACUUCUGGCAAACCAGAGCAGCGCACAGAAACGCCGUUUACCUUCCCGCUGGAGCGGUACCUAUUUAUCUACUUGGACUUUGACGUGCUUUUGAACUGCUAGGUUGGCAGGAGCAGGGAUCGAGCAACGGGAGCUCACCCCGUCGCGGAUAUUCAAACCGCCAACCUUCUGAUCAGCAAGUCCUAGGCUCUGUGGUUUAACCCACAGCGCCACCCGCGUCCCUGGCAUUUGCAUUGUCACACAGUAAAUAGACCCAUAUCAAAUAUUAGAGGGGAAAUUUCCAAAAUGAAAGGGGAGGGGAGUUGCUGCUAAAAGAUUUAAACCCCCCCCCCUUUUUACAAAUUAAGCACUGAGUCAUUUAGGCAUGUUUUCAUCGCGUUCAAUGGGAUUGCUCUCAAGUAAGUAUGACAAUAAGAUUGCAGCCCUUAACUGCCCUGCCCUGGAAAAUAACUGAAGUGAACACUCUAGACAGGUGCCUCUUUGAAAACGUGUCUUGCUCAUCUAGAAAGCCGGGGUUGGCACUGUUUUCUGACUGCAGCCUUGGUUGUGAGAGUCUGGGCUUCCUGUAUGGUGUUUGGUCUACUCCUCUGAAUCAGCAGCCGAAAGAGCCAGUUUUUGCCCUAGUUCAGUGGCGGAGCAAGUGCAUUGCACACAGGAGGUCUCAGGUUUCAUCCCUGGCAUCUCCAGGUAGGGCUGUGAGAGACUCCCUCUCUGAAAACCCUGCAGAGCUGCUGCCAGUCAGUGUAGACAGUACUGAGCUUUGAUGGGCCUGACUCGGAAGAAGGCAGCUGCCUAUAUUCCUAGGUUCUCUCCCCAUCUUGGGUGGAGGUUGCUGAUAGCCGGAGAAGGCAGGUGAGGAGGAUUUGGGGGGUGGAAGGGACGCUGGUGGUGCUGUGGGUUAAACCGUAGAGCCUAGGACUUGCCGAUCAGAAGGUCGGCGGUUUGAAUCCCCGCCACGGGGUGAGCUCCCGUUGCUCGGUCCCUGCUCCUGCCGACCUAGCAGUUCGAAAGCAUGCCAGUGCAAGUAGAUAAAUAGGUACCACUCCGGCGGGAAGGUAAACGUCGUUUCUGUGCGCUGCUCUGGUUCGCCAGAAGCGGCUUAGUCAUGCUGGCCACAUGACCCAGAAGCUGUACGCCGGCUCCCUCGGCCAGUAAAGCGAGAUGAGGGCCGCAACCCCAGAGUCGGUCACGACUGGACCUAAUGGUCAGGGGUCCCUUUACCUUUACCUCCAUUUUUUAACAGUGGUUUGAGAUGAAAUCAGGUGUACUUUCCAUGACAUGGAAAGGAAUACUAUCACCUGUUCACUGCUGCAGGUCAAAUUGCUGUUAAAGGCGUAGCUGCAGAAGUUGGCAUCGCUAGACCAAACAUCCAUGAGUUUGUUUUCCAACAGGUUUAUGAAGCCAAGAGCUCUCUCCUCACCGUUAAUCUCUCUAGCCUGUCCUUGGUUACUUCAGACACGGUUGGGACUACAAGGUUGCUUUUCAGAAUUUAUGCCUAGGGAUAUAAAGGGGAUUUUGUGGGAUCAGAGCAAAACUCCCAUCUCUAGACCAUUAUCUUUCUGUUCUCCCAACAGUGGCUAGUCAGAUUCCUCUGGAGAACUCCAAGAACGAAGGCAGUAGCACGGCCCUUUCCUGUGUGAGAGAGCUGCUGCCAAGCCAGAUAAGCGAUUCUGAGAUUGAUCUGGAUUAAGGCAGCUUCCUAGGAUCCUAAAAAGCAGAGCUGGAGAAACUGCGGUCUUCCGGAUGGUGCUGAACUCCACCUCCCAUCUUCCCUGACCCGUGGGCCAUUGCUGGCUGGGGCUGAUGGGAGUCGGAGUCCAGCAACGUCAGGAAGGCUGUGGGCUCCCCGUCCCUGCUUCACACCUUUGUUAAGUGCAGUUAACCUGUGAUCCCCAAUUGGUUGGGACGUGUGAAGGACAAAGGCAGGGAACCAGUGACCCUCUUAAAGGUGUUGGACUGCAACUCCCAUCAUCCCUGACCAUUGGCUGCACUGGCUGAUGGGAGUUGGAGUCCAACCAACCUUUGGUUUGGGCUGCUAAGAAAUCGGGGGAGCUGGUAGAGGUUUUUACUGUACUCCUUAAAAUCUACUCAACCCUCUGGAAGUGAUGGGGGCAUUGUAUGUCCUCAGCUUCUAGUCCCUCUCCAAUAACAACGCUCUGUUUACGUUACUGUGUACUCCUUGAUCGGAUGCAGUCUUCCAAGAGGAUCCUCACUCUGGCUUUCAACUUAUCCUAAGUGCUGCACAGAAAUCCAUGUGGUUUCUCCUUGGCCACCUGCUAAAUUUUUAAACUGGUACCUCCACAAUGGAUUUUGGCUUUGCCCUUCUUGAGCUCCUGGGCUGCAUUGUCUUCCAAGCAACCUUCUGGGGGCCAGAUGUCAAAGUGAGCAGAGGAAUACGUGCUUCCAUCUGGCUAGCAGCCCCUGUGAGAACAGGAUGUGGGCCUUUAGCCUGAUCCAGCUGGGCCCUUCUGUUGUGCUUUUCAUGGAACCGCAGGGUUGGAAGGUAACCCUGAGGGUCAUCUAGUCCAACCCCCCUGCAGUGCAGGAAUAUGCACCUGUCCCUUACUGGGAUCGAACCUGCAGCCUUGGCAUUGUCAGCGCUAUGCUCUCACCAACUGAACUAUUUUAUUAACCUUCACUCAGACAGUCUUCGCAGUUCUUAAAUGGUGCAGCAAACAGGCAGUAGCUCAUUGGUAGAGCGCUUGCUUUGCAUUCAGAAGGUGCCAGGUUCUGUUCCCAGGAUCUCCAGGUAGGGUGGGAUGAGGCACUUGUCUGUAAUCCCUGUUGAGCUGCUGCCAGCCCGUGCACGCAAUACUCGGCUAGAAGGACCAACGUUCUGACUCUGCAGAAGGCGGCUUCCAAGGUUCCUGUUCCAAUCAGCCCUACAUUUUGGAAUGAUGGGGGCUGGAGUCUUGCGUUAUUUCUAGGGGGAGGCCCAGAACUCGGUGGCAGAACGCAUGCAGAAUUACAGGGUUCAGCUCCCGGGAUCUGGAAGCGACUCUUGUCUGAAAUCCCAGAGAGCUGCUGCCAGCCAGUGUAGACAAUACUGCACUUGAUGGGCUGAAUCUGCAUAAGGCAGCUUCAUAGAUGGUAGGAAGGAGCUUAGUCCACCCAAAUUCCCGGAAUGCUGCUGCAGGCCAGUGUGAUCAAUCCUGAUGUCGAUGGACCAAAGAUUGAUUUAGAAAGACGUUUCCUUUUAUCUGUGGACGUACGUCAGGUCAAACAGCAACCAGAUACACCUUUACCAGGAAAUGAGCCCCAUCGAACAGAGGCAGGGGAUGGUUCUGAAUAAACAUGCAUGGGCUUGUAAUGUUAGUCACCUUUUCUGCACCCCCCCACUCCCUGCUUUCAGCUCACCACCCUCCCUUUCCAGCACCAUUUAAGCCCUUAAGCCUGUUUCAGCAAAGGCUCAUUUGCUGCGCAUCUCAAUGCACUGUGUCGAGUGAUUCAGCAGAACCCCACAAAGAAAGGAAGUCCUUUCUUUAGUUCCUUGGAAGGAGGGGAGGGGGAGAAGUGUAUUGUGGCAUAAUCUUGCUUGUAUUUCAGCUCUAAGGCUGAAUUCUGCUCGUGCAAAAGAAUAAUAAUAAUACUAAAAAAACCUGUGCACAACACCGCACAGGUUUCUAGUCCAUAAGAUCUUCAAAGUCUGGAGAGGGACUCAGAAGGUAGGGCAGAUCUAGGGGACCUGUGGCCCCCUCCAAAGGUUGGACCGCCAGCACUCAAGGUGCUGUAUAGGGCUCGACCUCCCAGCCAGUAUGACUAGUGGUUAGAGAUGCUGGGAGUUGGGGAGCCCAGCAAUAUCUGGAGGGCCGAGGUUCUGUCCACGACUGUUUCCAUGCCUUUCAGAAGCUGAACCAAUUAGGCCUUGCAACUGUUUAUAACAGUGUCCAUUUGCAUUAUUCAUUGAGGUGACGGCAUAGCAAGCUUUCUCCAUGGGGAAUCCAGACUUUCCAAGAUACCGAUUUAAUACAUGGCUGGGCAUAAAAGCUGAUGGGGGGGAAAGGGCUUUCAACUGGAUGGAGCAGAGAGGGAAGGGAGGCGGCGAAUGCUUUGUUUUUUUGGCAUUCCGUGUUGCGCUGGAGAAGAAAUCUGUUUCCGUUUGCAUUUAAAGGGGAACUUGUUAUAUCUGCACUUCCCGGAACAAUCUGCAAACCAGAACGCCCUCCUUUGAAAUGUGCAGUUCUCAAAAUUUUGCAGUUCCGUCCUCCAGCUGUGUGAGGGGUCUUCAAAUACAUAUACCAGGACACUGUGUGCGUCAAAAUGCAUGCAUUAGUCAAAAAGCCAUGCAGCAGUGCAUUGUGUCUAGGAAAAGGUUAUUUUGCAAAAAUAAUAGUUGAAAUUGCAUUCCAAAAAAUGGGCAUGAGAAAUUAGCACUAAAAUCAACAAGAAUGAGAACCUCCAAGCACUUUUAAUGUGAUAUGGCACCCUUUUAUCAUGUAUGCAGUGAAACCAUAAUUUUCAUGCCUGGCAAAUCUGGAACUGGACUUGCUAAUCUGAUAACGCUGAUCCUCUUGAGUGUUGCUUUAACCCAUGUGCUAUUGGAUUCAUUCUACGUGCCUAUUUUGUAGUUUCGUUUUUCACCUGUUGUUAAGUCCCUGUGGUUUUAUAUGCGUUAUAUAGUGAAACGAAACCUGGGGGGGGGGGGGGGGGGAGAAAUUGACGCUGAAAAGCUGGUGAAUUUCCAUGAGGGCUUGAAAAAAAAACCUAAGCGUAGAUUUGAGCCGUGAGCCAAAUUUAAGAUUGCAGGAAAACACGAAACUGAGAGCAACCCCUUGCCCAUUCCCAAUUUCAGAUGUUGGGACCCAGCGGCCAUGGGAUGACAGGACCUGUUCGUGGCCCGUCUCACCAACGAUCCUGCGGGGCGGGCAGCCCGUCAGCCUGAAGGAGGCGGCGUUGGUGAGUUUCCCUGCCGGCUUUCCAGCUGGAGAGAGAUCUGUUAACCGGGAGAAAGCUGGAGGCGGUCGGAAAGGGGGCAGUGGAGCAGCUGUGGUGACGCCGUGACCUCGAGCUGAGCUGGCUAAAUGAGCUCAUCGCGCUCUGCAACCGGUGCCACUUGCCUCCCCCUCUCCCCAAGCCUUCAGCCUGCCCUCCCAGUCCUAUGCCUGACCCACGGAUGCUGGGAGCCUUGGAGCAUUUCCGGGUAUUACUCCUGGGCAGGAAAUGCUGGGUGGGGAUGGCCGGGGUGGGGGGAGAGAAGCAGACACCCCUGUGCAACAUGCUCGGUCACACACAACCCCCCGGUCCCCUUCACGCCUGCAGGAGGACAAUGAGCUAAGCUGGGCGAGGUGCUUCCUGCCAUCAAGGGGACAAAGGAAGCUUUUUUUCCCCUGCCCUAGGUUUGGCCUUGGUGAAGGGGGCACUUUUGGAAAGAGUUUAGCUUGCAUGCAGAGAUCUGGCCCCAGAGGGUGGUCUCAGCCUCUGGCUCUGGCUCACAGUGAUACCCCUUCUUACUAAGCAGGGGCAGGUGGGAUCUGUCCACACAGAAAACAUGAUGGGUUCUCUGUCGCCUUCUGCCAGCCAUCACCUCUCUCCUUUUCAGGGGUCUCAGGGCUUCCCGGCUGGGCUGAGGGUUGUGCUGGAGGUCGAGGGAGAUCGCCUCCUCCUGGACCUGGUACAGAAUCGGUGAGUUUGGGUUUGCAUCAUGGGCAGAAGUGGCGAGCGCCUUCUAACCAGAAAUCUCUAGCUUUGCCCCUGGAAUUACAGUGAUACCUCGGGUUACAUAGGCUUCAGGUUACAUACACUUCAGGUUACAGACUCCGCUAACCCAGAAAUAGUACCUCGGGUUAAGAACUUUGCUUCAGGAUGAAAACAGAAAUCGUGCUCCAGCGGCACGGCGGCAGCGGGAGGCCCCAUUAGCUAAAGUGGUGCUUCAGGUUAAGAACAGUUUCAGGUUAAGAACGGACCUCUGUAAUGAAUUAAGUAUGCAACCAGAGGUACCACUGUAUUUUGGCUCCUGCUUCGAUACUCCGCAGCCACCAUCACAUUAUUAAAACAACCCACAGGAAAUAAAGCAGGGGGUCAUGUCCACCAUUUUAUCCUCACCCCCUCCCCGAAUCCUAGUGUAAUCCAGUGGUUCUCCAAGGGUGUCGCGCAGAGGAUGGCAAGUGUGGCAGGGAGAUGCGAGGAGAAUCAGAGAAACGUUUAAGCAUUUCAGUGUAGUACAGGCGACGGCUAUUUUUGCUGGUCCAAUAUGUGUGUGACUGCACAUCCACACAUCGCAACAAACCCAGAAGUGGCAGGGAAAAGGGGCUUGGGUGGGAGAAGGAUGGGCUUUUGUAUGCUCUGUCAACACGUGCAAGGGUCAGGAACGUAACCCCUGUGCAAAAUGGCCAUUGCCUGUAUAGUAUUUUUAAAAAAUUAUUUGCAGAAUGUGGCUCGUUAUCUUCUCAAACUGAGAGCAAAGAGUAUCAAGCAAUGUUGAGGACAAUCCCAUUUGCGAUCUUUUUGUUUUCCAUUGCAUUUCUUACCGUUGAAAAGUCCAGUGUGGCAUGAGCAAAUGUUUAUUCUGAAAGUGUGGCCUAGAGAAAAGAGUUUGAGAGCCGCAGUAACCCAAGAUCCCUGCAGGAUCAGGCCAAAGGGCCAUCUAAGCGCAGUCUGAUCUGCCUGUGGGGCUCCAGGGUUUCAGAGAAAGGGAUAUUCCCAACUCUGUCUGAAGAUGCUGUUGGGGGUUGAACACAAGACCUUCUGCAUGCAAGGCAGGUUCUCUGCUAGGGUCCCUCGCCUAAAAAUCAGUUAAGCUUCCAGUCAUCGUGGUUCUGAUUCAAGGGGCGAAUUUAAAAAAGGAGCUUUGCUGCCAUCUUUUCCCUGCAACCUUCCUGCGUCCUCCAAGUCCACAGUCUGUCCCUUCUGAUUUGUAUGUCUUCCAUCGUAGGGAGCUGCUGGCAGGCACCCAAGGACUCGUCUAUUACCUUUCCAACGGGGAGAGGGCGACGCAUCCGACGAGCACAGAGGUGGGCAUCUGUUUCUCUGGCUCUGCACAGCCCAUUCCUCUGCUGGCACCCAUCCCUGCCGAGAGCCAGGGCCUGGGGAAUGUUUAUUCCUGGGCCCACCUCCUCUGCCAGCUGGGACUCUGCCACGAUGCAGAAGUUUCAGCGGAGGUGCCAGCUCCAGGGCUGGAGAAGCAGGCUGGGAUCUGAGCGGGCAGCGAUUGGCCAGGAAAGAGAGACUGGGGUCAUGGCAGCAGAGGGUUCACAGGAAAAAGGUCCAGCCUGUGGGCGAAAACUCUGAAAAUGGUGGAUUUCACGUUGGGGAAAAGGCAGCUGCCUCAGGCCUUUCAUAGUACAACCACACGGUGUACCAUUCUGGUUGUUGUACAGUGGUACCUCAGAUGCUUCAGGUUAUAGAUGCUUCAGGUUACAAACUCCGCUAACCCAGAAAUAGUGCCUCGAGUUAAGAACUUUACCUCAGGAUGAGAACAGAAAUCGUGGUGGUAGCGGAGGCCCCGUUAGCUAAAGUGGUACCUCAGGUUAAGAACAGUUUCAGGUUAAGAACGGACCUCCAGAACAAAUUAAGUUCUUAACCCAAGGUACCACUGUAUUCUCAAAAAGGUUAUUGUGGAGCUGGGAAGGGUUAAGUUAAGGGUUAUAUUUAAAGCACUUUAAGCUGCCAUGCUUCCCCCAAAGAAUUCUGGGAGCUGUAUUUUGUGAAGGGCGAUGAGAGUUGUUAGGAGACCCCUGAUUCCCUUACAGAAAACUACAGUUCCCAGAGUUUCCUAUGAAGAAGAGGGAAUGGUUGUUAAACCACUCCAGGAAUUGCAGCUCCUUCAGGGGAGUAGGGAGGCCGCCUGACAACGCACAGCACCCUUAGCAAACUCCAGCUCCCAGAAUUCUUCGGUGGAAGCCAUAGAACGGCAUCACAGUGCUUUACAACGUAUGGUGUAGAUGUUUAUAGACUUGGAAGAGACCACACAGGUCAUCGGGUCUAACUCCUGGCAGUGCAGGAAUCCUUUACUCGACGCAGGGCUUGAACCCACGGCCCUGAGAUGAAGAAUCUCUUGCUGUACUGACUGAGCUAUCCCGGGUCAUGUGGCCACAGUGGUCAAGGGGGUGGGGCAAAUCUCCUGUGAGAAAAGCAGGGGGCAGGGUUAUAAUGCCAAACCUGGGAGGCUGUGCUUAUUCUCCCUGCUUUCUCCGUCUUCCAGGGCAAUUGCUGCUAUCGAGGCAAAAUCCAGGGCUACCGAGACUCCUGGGCCAAUGUCUGCGUUUGCUCUGGCCUAAGGUAUGAGGAGAGGCUGGACAAGGCGAAGCUCUGUGGGAGGACAGAGGGUUCACCCCUGAGCAGAUUCCUUUCCCUCUUGCGGUUUUCUGUGGGCAAAAAUGUGGUUGACUGUUUUUUUUCUUUCUGCCCUGGCAGUGGUCUGCUGGUUGUGUCCAGCGACAGGAGCUACAGCUUGGAGUCCAGAGCAGAAGAGGAUCAGGGUACGAGGGCCUACAGACUUGAGUCGGUCAGGCAAGAGACGGGGGAAUGCGUGCUGGUCUCUCUGUCCCGGGGACAGUUCCGCCCGCGGCCACAGCCUGAGCGCAGCUGGCUACAAAGGGUACGUUUUGAACAUCUGGGCCAGAGCAUUGGCCCAGCCGGCCCUGUGCUGCUUAUUCUGACCGGCAGUAGCAAUCCAGGUGCUUAACAGUGUUUUUUGCCCCGUCUCCCAGGCAAAGCGAGAGGCGGAGCCUGAACGUGGAUUCGUGGAGCUGGUGAUGGUGGCCGACCAGGCAGAGGUGAGACAAUGCUCCUAUCCCCCCGCCCAGCCCUUCAUGGCAAAGCCCUUAGCAGAUUCCUUGUAGCUUCCCCAAAAGAAAGCGCAGUGGCGUCUCUUCUAAAACGGAUCGCAAAUGUGCAGUUUUACCUAGUGAGGGACAUUUCUCAAUGGGCCGAUUCCUCAAGUUGCCAGAUCUCAACGAGGAGAGGUUUCCCUGUUUCUCCUCGUUCCCUCACUGUCCCCAUCAGAAACCAAAUCGGAAAUCUGCACUGAAUGUUUCCAGUGGUUAAAUCUGUUGCUGUUUGGUAAAUCUAUUGCAGCCGUGGUCCGUAGAAAUGAGUAAGUCUGGUAAGAUGACUGGUUGAAAGGGUAAAUAAAUCUUUAGGUCUUUAAGUCGUGACAUACAGAGCUGCCCUAAGUAUAGUCAUACUUUGGAAGUUGAACAGAAUCCAUUCCAGAAGUCCGUUCGACUUCCAAAACGUUUGGAAACCAAAGCGCGGCUUUUGAUUGGCUGCAGGAAGCUCCUACAGCCAAUCCGAAGCCACGGAAGUCCCAUCGGAUGUUUGGCUUCCAAAAAUAGUUCGCAAACUGGACGAUCACUUCCGGGUUUGCGAUAUUCAGGAGCCAAAACGUCCAAGAACAUUCGAAAACCAAGGUACGACUGUAUAGUUUUUUACGUGUGGCUAGAAUGGAGCUAAGAGGUUGACACAAGCACAUGCUAACUUAGCACUGGCUAAACAUGGAGGAGAAGCAGGAAGAAAGUAAAGCCUCGGUACAUGAUCUGCUCAUCCACAAGUAGCCCCUGAAGGGAGGAAUCAGUACAAUUGCAGGAGUGAGGCCUUGUUACCAUAUAAAACACAGUUCCUCAGAGAACUGGACUGGUUGUCGAUUUGCUACCAGCUCAAGUUCAAGCUAUAAAGCCCUUAACAACUGGGGGCUAGUUUACCUGUGAGAUCGCGUUGCCCCAGACGUGCCCACUUGACCAAGCUGUGUAACUGGCACGGCUACAAGUGCCACAUAAUACCCGCUCCAUAUUCGUAAGAAAUUGAUCUUUUCCUGUGGCAGCACCAGCACCUUUGGAACUCCCUGCCUCUUGACAACAGGCAGAUGCUUUUGCUGGACUCUUCUCAGCGCCUGCUUAAAACAUUUCUGCUUAGACAUGCCUCCCCAAACACCUAGAGCUUUUUUUAAUGUAUGUUUUAGUUUAUUUAUUGCGGGUUUUAUUUCUGUGCUUCAUAUCGUCGUUUUUAACCGUUUAUGCUGAUGAUUCCUUCGUUUUAUUCUUUCCGUAAACUGCUUUGAGGUGGGUUGUUGUAGUUUGUUUUGUUUUUAAACCGAGCAGUGUGUAAAUCUUAGAAAAUAAAUAAAAAUACAGGAAUUCCAAUGGAGAUAAAAAGUAAAGUAGAAAAGGUUCGAGUAAAAAACACUGUGGAGGUGAGGGUCAGAAAGUCAACAUACAAAGGAAUGUAAUUAUUUGAUUUGAAGGUUAUUGUGAAAACGUUUGAAAAACUUAAAAUAUGUGUAUGUAUACUUUGGUACCUCGGUUCUCAAACUUAAUCCUAUCCAGGAGUCUAUUUGACUUCUGGAGCCGUUCAAAAAUCAAGAUGUGGCUUCCGAUUGGCUGCAGGAGCAUCCUGCACACAAGCGGAAGUAACGUCGGACGUUCGGCUUCUAAAAACGUUCGCAAACCCGAACACUUACUUCUGGGUUUGCGGCAUUCGGGAGCCAAGCCGUUGAACAACCAAGUUACCACUGUAUAUACCGUAUUUUUCGCCCUAUAGGGCGCACCGGCCCAAAGGGCGCACCUAGUUUUUUGAGGGGGAAAUAAAGGGGGGGAUUAUCCCCCCCCCCGGGUUUCGGGCUGCAGGCUGCUGUCCGCAAGCCUUGGGAGCCCGAGAAGCUGGAGCCGAAGAUACUGAUGAGGCUGGCCACGUUGCCCGUCUCCAGAUCGCCGUCGUGGUGCCUUGGGUUCUGCGGCUCCCGCUCCCUGCGAGGCUUCUUCAGCGGGGAGCUCCCCGACGGCUCGCCCUCGCCUUGUUGCGCAGCGGUGUCGCGCUUCCUGGGGCAGCAGGGCGGAGAGGGAGCCUCGGCCAGCUGCUUGCCGGUAUCCCCUGUUGAAGAAGAGCGGCCACAGCCGCCGCCGCAGUGCCACGCCAGCCGAUUAGCUUCCCAAUCCGGCGCGAGGUUCCGCGGCGACGGGGGAGCCCUGCGCUCCGAAGGCAGCGCCGCCGGCUGCAGGAAAAACAGAGGCGAGGGAGGAAAGACGAAGUUGGAAAGGAAAGGCGGAAGCUGGAAACGCCUCCAGCUUGCAAUCUAUGCCCGACGGGAUGCCCUCGUCCCAGCGCGCAGGGCCAGGAGGGGCGGCGCUGUGAGCCGCUCGCUGCCCAAGGCGAACGCAAGCGGGAGCAAAACACACUGUCCGCGCAAAACACACUGCACGUCUCCGGCGAAGAAGCAGCCCGGAGAACCUCAACAUCCGCUGCUCUCCAUCCCGCUGCCGAUUGAAGCCAGCCCAGCCCGGAGCGCGGGAGUUCCCGCCAGGCUUCGGGAUGCAGAGCAGGAUGGAGAGCAGCGGAUGUUGAGGUUCUCCGGGCUGCUCCUUCGACGGAGACGCGCAGUGUGUUUUGCGCGGACAGUGUGUUUUGCUCCCGCAGGCAGAAGUGUCUGAGGAGGGGCGUGGCCUGGGGAGAGUUCCGAGGGCCAGACAGAGAGAUGCAGAGAGCUGAGCUCGGCCCCCAGUGUCUCAAGUCCCUUCCCACCACCUCCGCUUCUGUUUCCUUUUCAGUUCGAGCUGAACCCCGACCUUAACUGGACGCAAACACGGAUGCUGGAGAUCGCCAGCCACAUGGACGGGGUGAGUGGCUGCCCUAGGCGGAUGUGGGUGGCGCACGUGGGAAUUGUAGUUUGAUGACGUCCUUGGACUCCAGCUCCCAUCAGCCAGCAUGGCUGAUUGUCAGGGAUGAUGGGAGUUGUAGUCCAAAUCCUCUUCCAGGUUAGGGGAGGUUGGCGAGGCAAUUCUGUGUUGGGUUGGCCAAUGGUCUCCCCUGACGCCAGGCAGCUUCAUAUAUAUGGGGGAACUGUCUUUGCUUUUGCUUUUUAAAAGACAUUUCUCCAAAUACUUCAGUGUUUACCUCGCACGGAAAGUAAUUUUGGGGAGGGCUCGGCAGGAAAUUCACAGUUUAGGUUGCUGAUUCCUUCAGUUCUGCCUUCUGGGCUGAGGACUCUUGAGGGGACAUUUUGAUGGCCGACGCUCCUGAGGGAUGUUCCUGUCAAAAUUCUAGUGGAAGGGAUUUCCAUAGGUCAGGAAUUAUCCCUGCUUGGUAUUUGGAAGUCUUCUAAAAAAGAAACAUCCUGGAUUAUACAGACAGGGCCUUUCAAAUGUGCAAUUCUUUGCGAAGCAGCUUUGACUGAUGUGCUUGACACUUGUACUUUUUAGUCUGUAUACUGCCUUGCAAAAUUUAUAAUUAUUUAAAUGAAUGAAUGAAUAAAAGCACUCACCCCUUUUUUCUCUCUUGCCCUCUGCCUUUUCCUUUCCUUUCCUUUUUUGCUUUUAAAAACGCGCUCUCUCCCAUUUUCUUCCCCUCCUCUGCCCAGUUUUACCGGACGGUGGGUCUGCGGGUGGCUCUCGUCGGCCUGGAAGUCUGGAACAAGGGGAACCACGUUUCUGUCGACGGUUCCCCCCGGGCGGUUCUGGAGCGGCUCCUGCGGUGGAGGCAGGAGGAGCUGCUUCCUCGGAUCCCACACGACAGCGUCCAGCUUAUCAUGUAAGGAGCCUGAGGGUUAGCCACCAUGAGUCCAGUCUUGGCCGGGGAGGGCGGAAUACAAAUAAAAGUUGUUUUUUAUUAUUAUUAUUAUUAUUAUUAUUAUUUAUUAGGAAGGGCUUCAGAGAAUCCCUAGAGGGGGAGUGUAGGGGGGGCUGACCAGGAGGAGUGCCAGGUGCUUGGCCUGGGUUAUGGGUGCUGUGUGUUUGGCCAGGCAGGGGGUGUGACCUGCACUUUCGAUGGGCAGGAAUUGACACUAACCAGGGUUGUGGGCGGGGCCUACACUUUUGAUGGGCAGGGAUUGACACUAACCAGGGCUGUGGGCGGGGCCUACACUUUUGAUGGGCAGGGAUUGACACUAACCAGGGCUGUGGGCGGGGCCUACACUUUUGAUGGGCAGGGAUUGACACUAACCAGGCCUGUGGGCGGGGCCUACACUAUUGAUGGGCAGGGAUUAACACCAACCAGGGCUGUAGGCGGGACCUGCACUUUUGAUGGGCAGGGAUUGACACUAACCAGGCCUGUGGGCAGGGCCUGCACCUUUGAUGGGCAGGAAUUGACACCAACCAAGGCUGUAGGCGGGGCCUGCACUUUUGAUGGGCAGGGAUUGACACUAACCAGGCCUGUGGGCGGGGCCUUCACUAUUGAUGGGCAGGGAUUAACACCAACCAGGGCUGUAGGCGGGACCUGCACUUUUGAUGGGCAGGGAUUAACACUAACCAGGCCUGUGGGCAGGGCCUGCACCUUUGAUGGGCAGGGAUUGACACUAACCAGGCCUGUGGGCAGGGCCUGCACCUUUGAUGGGCAGGGAUUGACACUAAUCAGGCCUAUGGGCGGGGCCUGCACUUUUGAUGGGCAGGGAUUGACACUAACCAGGCCUGCGGGCGGGGCCUGGAAAUAUGAUGGGCGGGGCUAUCCCACAGCCUGCCCGCUUUGUGCCUGCCCGCUCAGCUGUGGCAGGAUUCCCAAUGUGUACUUGGAUCUGUCUUGUGUAAAACCUUAUCUCUUUUCCACCCCCGCUAUGCACUGUUUUGGUGAUCUUCUCUCGCACUUCUUUCUCCUGCCCUGUCCCAUAGGGGAUCUCCAUUCACCGGGGGCUCAAUAGGAACGGCCACGCAGGGUUCGAUUUGCUCCCAUCGCUCCGGCGGGGUCAGCAUGGUGAGUACUGGUGCCCCUUGCUUUCUCAGAGACCAGGGUAGUGGCAUGUUUCUGGAAAGCCCAGGUAAGCGGGUGCCUGUUGCAUUACUGUCUGUUCCACGGAACCAGGGCAGCCUCAUUGAAAGCCUCGCUUGGAGUUGCUGCGGAGCUACGCUUCUGAUAUUUUGGGGGGAGACUGACCCACCAGGAGUGUCAGGGUUCUGCAUUUGUGUAGACGUUUGACCUAGAGUUUGCGUCUUUAUGUUCAUUUGUGUUGUUAAAUGUUGCAGAGCUUUUUGUUCCAGCCAGAUUUAAUAUCCUCCCGACCCAAGUGCUUUGGGGCAACAAUGCUGGCACUCCUCUUUCCUUCAGGGUAUUAUGGUCUGUAAUAAUCAGGAGCUGGGAUCUAUAGACAGCUGUCCUUUUUAAGUGACUUAGAUGCUGGAGCUCAGCAGGUGACAAUUGGCCUUUUGCUGGCCAAACUUCCGGGAAGGUCAGUUCAGUUUUAUGUUAGAUAUUUAAUGGAAGAAAAACCCCAAGGUAUCACUUGCAGUGGUUACAUUUCUGCCAGUAACACUGGGAGCAAGAGAACAUCUUGCCACCUGAAACUGUAAGGGCCUUUUUUCAGGGACUAUUGUAGCUGUAUAUGAUGGUUCUUACAUCAUGCAGUACUUCACAAUCUGUUUUGCUCCGAGAUUGUUUCGUAUGGUGUGUUUCUUUUGGCCUAUUGACCGUAAUAAAUUGAUUGAUGGAUGGAUACGCUUUUGGAUUUUGGGGUGAAUCAUGGAGAAGUGGAACAAAACAGAAAAGUUCACAGUCCUGAUCUGCUUAGCAGAAGUAGUAUUCUGAGAAGAAUAGUAUUAAAGGAAAAACAAAGAAUAAAUGAAGUAUAUAAUUUUUAAAAAUAUAAAUAGGUAUUCAGCUUUUAAAUGCCUGCUGAAAACUUUUCUGUUUCAUCAAGCUUAUGCUUGACAAGGCACCUUUCCACAACAUUUAUCUGAUUCUAUUUUAUUGUAUGCUUUUUAUGUCGUUUUACAUAUAUAAGGUAACCUUCCGUAGUUUGUACAUUAAAAUUUUUUUUUGCUUGUUCAUUGAACUACAGAAAGGGAAGAGAGAGUGGGGAGAAAAACAAGUACAUAAUCGAGAUGAACAAAUCUCUUUCUAGUCUCUCCAUGCAAUGCUCUUUCCAAUAGACCGCAAAACAGUUCCAUCUCUCCCCAUGGAUUAUAUAUCCCAUCUCAUGUGUUUUCUCUUUUUCUGGAUUAUGUCUGUCGUUUUAUCCAUCACUGCCACCUCCACACAUUCCUGAAGAGAUGGUGAAUCUGUGUCCUUGCAUUUCCUUUCCCACAGGGUUUUUUGCGGCCCUUAACUAAAGAUCUUUAUUCUUUAUGAGUUAGCAGUAUACUGUAUAUGCAAGUGUUUUUAUGGAUGAAUAAAGGAGGAGUUGUUGUUUAGUCCUUUAGUCGUGUCCGACUCCUUGUGACCCCAUGGACCAGAGCACGCCAGGCACUCCUGUCUUCCACUGCCUCCCACAGUUUGGUCAAACUCAUGCUGGUAGCUUCGAGAACACUGUCCAACCAUCUCGUCCUCUGUCGUCCCCUUCUCCUUGUGCCCUCCCUCUUUCCCAACAUCAGGGUCUUUUCCAGGGAGUCUUCUCUUCUCAUGAGGUGGCCAAAGUAUCGGAGUCUCAGCUUCACGAUCUGUCCUUCCAGUGAGCCCUCAGGGCUGAUUUCCUUCAGAACGGAUAGGUUUGAUCUUCUUGCAGUCCAUGGGACUCUCAAGAGUCUCCUCCAGCACCUCCAGGUCACGAAGAGUCGGACACAACUAAACGACUAAACAACAACAAAAGGAGGAGUGUGAAUUAGGUUGGCUUGCUCAAAAAUGCGAACCAGCUGUCUUUUCUCCUCUUCCAGGACCACUCGGUCAGCCCCUUGAUGAUCGCCUCGACUCUUUCGCACCAACUAGGCCACAACCUGGGCCUUGACCACGAUGGCGCUGGCUGCAGCUGUGACGGCUCUGGCCCUAACUUUCCCCCUGGUCGCAGCUGCAUCAUGGAGCCACUGACGGGGUGAGCCUCUGCAUUCACAUCGGGUCCCCCCCCGGGUGGCUGGGUGGACUGCGGAAAUGCAGGGGGUUUGAGGACACCCCGCCUCUGACCAUUUCCCUCUUCUCUGCCAGCAUCAUGCCUGGUCUAACCUUCAGCAGCUGCAGCCACCGGAAGCUCCAGCAGAUCCUGCAGAGCGACCGAGUGUGGUGCCUCCUCGACGUGCCGGAUCCGGGGCGCCUGGUGGAUUCUCGCUGCGGGAACUUCCUUGUGGAGGACAAGGAGGAGUGUGAUUGCGGCCUCCUGGUGGUACGAAGGGCACCUCUCUCCCCAUCUUCCUCCUCACCUUAUUUAUUUAUUUAUUUAUACCCCGCCCAUCUGACUGGGUUUCCCCACCAUUCUGGGCGGCUCCCAUCAUCACCAUCAUCACCAUCAUCAUUAUCAUCAUCAUCAUCAUCAAGCAAUAAAUAAUCAAACAUUAAAAACUUCCCUAAACGGGGCUGCCUUCAGAUGUCUUCUAAACGUCAGGUAGUUGUUUAUUUCCUUGGCAUAUGAUGGGAGGGCAUUCCACAUGGCGGGUGCCACUACCGAGAAGGCCCUCUGCCUGGUUCUCUGUAACCUCACUUAUUGCAGUGAGGGAGCCGCCAGAAGGCCCUCGGAGCUGGACCUCAGUGUCUGGGCUGAACGAUGGGGUUUGAGACGCUCCUUCAGGUAUACCGGGCCGAGGCUGUUUAGGGCUUUAAAGGUCAGCACUUUUGCCCCGUGUAGCUUCCAGAUGCCCUUGGUGUGUAGUAAUAAUAAUAAUAAAUAAUAAAUAAAUAAUAGUUUUAUUAUUUGUACCCCAUCUAUCUGACUGGGUUGCUCCAUUUAUGAGAGGGUUGUGUUCCGAGGCACGGCACAUUGAGGUUAAGUCCUCUCAGGUAUGACUCCUCCAUAUAGAGGCUUCAGCACAGAAGCCUAGGCCGAAAAGGGUCCCCUUGAAGUAGAGAGUUCUCCUGUGUAAUUAACAGAGAAAGCUGGAGUUUGUGUGAAGGAUGCAUCCUCUACGUUUUGCUGAGAGCCUGCUUUGGCUUUGCUCAUCUCACUGCGGCCUGGUAUAGUUGUGCACGUUAAGCCUAAGCGAGGAUCUGGAGCAGCCCAGUGGGUUUUUCACUGAACUUAUGCCUUUCUCCUUUUUCAGGAGUGUACAGACCCAUGUUGCAAUGCGAGCUCAUGCAAGCUGAUGCCCGGAGCCCAAUGCGCCACGGGGGGAGCCUGUUGCCACGAGUGCAAGGUAAGUUGUCGGAGCAGAGGAGUGGGGAGGGAACAUCCGCCGGUGGUUUCUCAGCCCUGCCUCGAAGGGGUGUUGCGUUCUCAUUCACACAAGCCCUCUGAUAAUUUGGCUUUUAAGUGAAAGGGCACAGUUGCAUGUUCCACCUAAAGAUUUGUAUAUGUCAUUGACCUGUGCAGGAGACCUGCUGGCCUGUGACUGACAAGGCAAGUUGGCCCCAAGUCUCUCUUGGGCCCCCUUUUGAGCCCCCAACUCUGAUUUUGCAAUAGUUAUCUGAGGCCCUUCUCUGGGUGCCCCCUCCCUGAGAGGUCCCAUGGGUGGCAACACGAGAGCAGGGCCUUUUCAGUGGUGGCUCCCCGCUUGCAGAAUGUUCUCCCCAGAGAGGCCUGCCUGGUGCCAUCAAUACAUACAUUUAGACCCCAGACAAAAACAUUUAUUUUCCGCCAGGCCUUCAGCUUUUAAUUCUCAGUAGCCUCUUUGUGUGCAUGUGGUGUUCCAACCCUGCCUUUUAAAAAUGUGAAUGUGUUCCAGAUUUUUCUCUUUUGUAUGUUGUUUGAGUUGCUUUUUUGUGGCAAAUAAUUUUUAUGAACUACAAUAAUUUAGGGGUGUGUUUGCAGCACACAACUCCUAAUAGGCAUUUUUAUGAUUUUAUGACACCUCCUUGAUGGCCAGAAACUUGAUUUAUUGCACUAAUUUAUUAUACUGCUUAAUGUUGCAAUAGGCUUCCAAGCAGUUUGCAAGUAUUAAAAUCAGUUACAAUGAGAAAUAGCAUUUUCGUGUUCCUAGCUUAAUAAUAAUAAUAAUAAAUUAAAAUGUAUAUAAAUAUACAAUAAUAAGAGUACAUUCAUUUGAAAAAAGGAAUAGACAACGGAAUAGACAGGCAGUCCAAAGUGUUGGUAUAUAUAUGAUUUUGGAAUAGUUUUUUGUUUGUUUUUCCUUCUUUUCCUUUGAGUAUAUAAACUUUGUAUACAUGCUGAAAAUUAUAGUAUAAUAAGCCUUGUGAUGUAAUAUGAUAAUGUUUACCGAUGUAGCAUAAGAACUUCAAUAAAUAAAUAACAUUCAAAUAAUAAUAAUAAUAAUUAAUUGUAUACCGCCCUUCAUCCACAGAUCUCAGGGCAGUUCACCACAUAACUCUGAUUCUCCUCACAGAGCUACAAUUCCCAGAGUUCCCUGUGAAGGGGGAUUGAUUGUUAAAUUGCUCUGGGAGAGGGAUGACGGGGGUCUCCUGACACCUCUCAGCCCCCUUAACUAAUUCUUUGGGUGGAAACCAUGACGAUUCGUAGCGCUUUAAAUGUUGGGUGCAGCUGGGGCCAGAGGCGUGGUGAACCCCCUCUUCCCUUGCAGGCUCUGCCAACACCUGUUUCCCUCUUCCUACCGUCUUUGACCUAUACAGCCUAGGGCCCUCGUAACUAUGGGACCGCCUCUCCUGGUAUGUCCCACAGAGGACCUUACGGUCUUCAAACAAAAACAUCUUGGAGGUCCCGGGCCACAGGGAGGUUAGGCUGGCUUUGACCAGAGCCAGGGCUUUUUCGGCUGUGGCCCCGAUCUGGUGGAAUGCUCUGUCACAAGAGACUAGGGCCCUGCGGGACUUGACAUCUUUCCUCAGGGCCUGCAAGACAGAGCUGUUCCACCAGGCCUUUGGCCAAGGUGCAGUCUGACGCCCUCCUUCGGUAAUUCUCAUAGAACUUUAGCCUAAUGGUUGCCAUUAAUUUGAUUUUGAUUUGAUUUUAGGAUGAAUUUUAGAAUAUACAGUAGUACCUCGGGUUACAGACGCUUCAGGUUACAGAUGCUUCAGGUUACAGACUCCGCUAACCCAGAAAUAGUGCUUCAGGUUAAGAACUUUGCUUCAGGAUGAGAACAGAAAUCGUGCUCUGGCGGCGUGGCAGCAGAAGGAGGCUCCAUUAGCUAAAGUAGUGCUUCAGGUUAAGAACAGGUUAAGAACAGUUUCAGAUUAAGAAUGGACCUCCGGAACGAAUUACGUACUUAACCCGAGGUACCACUGUAUUUCAAUUAAUUGAUUGCGAUUUUAUGUAAACUGUGUUAUUUUUACUGUGUUAGCCGCUCUGAGCCCGGCUUCAGCUGGGGAGGGCGGGAUAAAAAUAAAAUUUUAUUAUUAUUAUUCGUCCUUCGGCAGCUCCGCAGCGCAGGAUUUCUCUGCCGGGAAGCCCAGAACGAAUGCGACCUCCCCGAAUACUGCGACGGUACUUCCCCGCGUUGCCGGGCCAACGUCCACAAGCAAGAUGGGACGCCGUGUGGGGACGAGAAGGCCGUCUGCUAUGGCGGGGUCUGCCCCAAUUACUUGAGCCAGUGCCAAGAACUUUGGGGCCCUGGUGAGUUGGCGUUUGGGGCUCUGUGCAGGGGGGAGGUUUUUUUCAAGGAUGGGUUGGGGCGAGCUCCCAAGAAGGCCUGGUCUGCUUCCUGGCCUCAUCCGCACCAUGCAUUCAAAGCACGCUUACACCACUUUAAAAUCCAUAAUUCAGAACACUUUAGAACAUAAGAGGGGGCUCCUGGAUGAGGCCAACGGCCCAUCUAAUAGCCGGUAUCCUGUUCUCACAGUGAUCAACUGGGGAAACUGCAGGCAGGAUUCGAGCACACAAGCUCUCUCCCAUUUUUCAGUUCUGGAGUCAGAUGCAGGUCAGCACAAAGAAGCAGAGCCAGUGGUCAGUGAAGUUAGCUUUUUAUCCAAGGAAACAAAUGUCCAACUCUUCAACCCUUCCCAGUAGGCCUUGCCCCCCCCCCCCCGUGGAGCAGUUGCCAGGACUGGAAGUCCCUGCCUUCUGCCCUUUCUAAGGCUCCUCCUCUCCCCAAAGUUUCCCAAGUGUUCUCUAUCUACCUCUGCGCACUUCUGUUCCGCUUCCCUCAUUAUUCUCACGGGAUCAUAGGUUUGGAAGGCACCCUGAGGGUCAUCUAGCCCAGCCUAGUGCAGGACCAUGUCCCAUAUGGGAAUCAAACCUGCAACCUUGGCAUUGCCAGCACCAAGCUCCAACCAGCUGAGCUAUCUAGCUAUACGAUAGGUUCCUCAGUGUUAAAUAACCACACAUACACAAUUUUUAGUGAACGUUCCCUCGUAGUGGCUGACAAAGAUUUAUAUGGUUCUUUUGCCUGUUAAUUUUUCCAUUUAUUCUCAAGCCAUGACUAUCAAAAUGGCAGCAUGCUGCUGCUGUCGUUGGCUGUCCUGACUCUCUCUCUCUCUCUCUCUCUCUCGGUCUCUCUCUCCCCUGGCAGGUUCAGUCCCUGUCUCGGAUGCCUGUGUGGCCUCUUUGAAUGGCAGAGGGGACCUGGAAGGGCACUGUGGUCAGCAAGCUGAUGGUUCCUAUUUGUCGUGUUCAGAGAAGUGAGUGCUUUCCCUGUAAGGAUGGGGGCCGGUGAGGGGGUGUGGCCUAUUUGGAAGGGGCAUGGCCUGAUAAGAGUUCCAAGGACCAGAUCAAGCUGUCGGGGGGGGGGGGAGAUUCUGUCUCCCAGGCCUGAGGCUCACCACCCCUUGCACAGGCAGACAAGACUAGCUUCCCUGGUUUUAGGCAGGUUUCUCUUUCCUAGUUCUACCUGGAAAUGCUGCAGGUCAAACCCAAAGCCCUUUUAAAAAAAUUGUAGUAAUAAUGUAAGCUCAAAGGUAUAGACAAACAAAAUCAGAACUGAAGUUACCAAACAUGGGAGCAGUACAGAGGUUGUAUUUUCCAAAUAGAGAGGAGAUAAUAAAAAUACAGUGGUACCUCAGGUUACAUACGCUUCAGGUUACAGACUCCUCUAACCCAGAAAUAGUACCUCGGGUUAAGAACUUUGCUUCAGGAUGAGAACAGAAAUCGUGCUCCGGUGGCGCAGUGGCAGCAGGAGGCCCCAUUAGCUAAAGUGGUCCUUCAGGUUAAGAACGGACCUCCAGAAUGAAUUAGGUCCUUAACCUGAGGUACCACUGUAAAAGCAACAAAAGACAUUAUGGAAGCUUUCCAUGAAAGGGAGAGUUUUCUUACAUCUGAGUUUGAUAGGUAAUAAAUGAAAUCCCAUCUGAACGGCAUAGAAAUAUCCCGAGCCUUCCUUACCCAUAGAAACACAUGGGAUAUAGGAGUUAUUUUCCCUGCAAUGGCCGAAGCCUCCAUAUUAUUGUACAGCGGUGACACUAGAAGUCUUGCUUUAUUUCCUUGAAAAAACUUGAGGGCUGGAGACUUGACGUGGAGAGAGUAAAGACCAACCAGUGUGUCAAAGAGAGCCAGUGUGGUGUAGUGGUUAAGAGCGGUAGUCUCGUAAUCUGGUGAACUGGGUUCGCUUCCCCGCUCCUCCACAUGCAGCUGCUGGGUGACCUUGGGUCAGUCACACUUCUCUGAAGUCUCUCAGCCCCACUCACCUCACAGAGGUGUUUGUUGUGGGGGAGGAAGGGAAAGGAGAAUGUUAGCCGCUUUGAGACUCCUUCGGGUAGUGAUAAAGCGGGAUAUCAAAUCCAAACUCUUCUUCAAAUACUUGCAAUCCCUUUCUGGCAGGGACGCCUUGUGUGGGCGGCUGCAGUGCCAACCCAGCAGCACCAAUGCUGGAAAACAGAACAGAACGACCAGGGCUCCCGAAUGCCCACAUCACACCCCGACUCCUGUUGAUGACAUUCUGGAUCUGGCCAUGGUGUUGCCCGGCACAGGCUGUGGGGCUGGCAAGGUGAGUGGGCAUCGUGCGGGCGCAGGGGGUGUAUCUUGUUAGGUCCCCCCUCCGCGAGCUGCUGCUUGGAACACAAUCCUCCUCUGAGAUGGUCAGUUUGUUCCUUCUAGGACAUAUAGGACAUAACAUACAAUUUGAAGAUUGGGGGAAAUUGUGGAGAAUAGAUUUAAAAUUUACAGACUGUUCUCUUUUGAAAGAAAAGUAUAUGAAAAUGAUGUAUAGAUGGUAUAUAACACCAGUACAGAUUGCAAGAAUGUACAAAACUGGGUCAAACGUAUGCUGGAAGUGUAAAGGAAAAAGAAAGGACUUUUUACCAUACGUGGUGGGAAUGUAGAGAAAUUUAAAAAAAUUGGGAAAUGAUGUAUAAUGAGUAGAAAAUGUUUAAAUUAACAUUUGUAAAAAAAACCCAGAAGCAUUUUUGUUAGGGAUUAUAGGAAAGACCUGCCAAGGAAAAUAAAGAAUUUAUUUAUGUAUGCGACAACGGCGGCAAGAGUCUUAAUAGCACAAGGAUGGAAGAAUGAGGAAAUCCCGACAAAAGAACGCUGGCAAGAGAAAUUGAUGGAUUGUGCAGAACUGGCGAAAUUGACAUGCAAACUGCGAGACAAGGACAACUGUGACUUUAAAGAAGAAUGGGAACUUUUUACAAACUACUUAAAAAAACAACAAAAUGAAUUGGACUCCUUGGCAGGUUUUGAAUAAACAUACACAAAUUUAUUGAUUGUUAACAUAACAGACAGAUAAUUUAAGGAUCUUUACAGUUUUACAAUAUGAAGAGAAUAACAUGUGUUGAAAAAUCAGAGAGAGGAGCUGAGGGGAAGUCUUGGGGGGAGGGAGGGAGGGGGAAAAUGGGGGGGGAUGAAGAGGAUAUGUUUUGAUAAUUUGUUAUGUUGAAAUUCUUAAUAAAAACUAUUUUUUUGAAAAAAAAAUGUUCCUUCUCUGGUUGCAGGUGUGUGUUGACCAACGGUGUCGAGAUCUCUCCUCGCUCAAGCUGCCAGCAUGCCAGUGCAACAGCCAUGGGGUAAGUCGAAGGACUGGGGGGCAGAGCCGUAGUGGUCUGGGGUUGCAGGGUUUGCGUGGGUCUGUCGAAGACCCAUUACGAUUUCUGCAGCCCAGUCCCCGCCUCCAGCGUCCUAGAGCCAGCCAAUCAGCAUGAAAGGAGAGCUUUUUAGUCACCAAGAAGUCUUCUCACCCUUUGUGCUGACUGGAGCCAAUCGGAGUGAAGGGAGGGGAGUCGGCCUCCCAGGGUCACUCUGGGGAAAAGGUGCUCAGGAACAGAACCAAGGGGGAGUUUGUUCUGUAUAUGCUCCAAAGCUAAGCAUUUAGGAACACACUGAAAUCACAAGGCGCUUCUGUUUCGAGAGAACGGUGUGUAAAUUCUGUUGUGGACAGUGGGACUUUCAGGGAAAACGCAACUUGUUAUUCUGAAAGAAGAUAUCGGAGCACUCCAAAUUAUUUGCCCAUGAAUAUGCACAGAAAAUAGUAGAUCUGGCUGAAAGGCCACACAGGGAGGUUUUCAUUGAAUGUUGCAAUGUCUCGGCCCAGUACAGUCGUACCUUGGUAUUCGAACAGCUUAGUUCUCGAACAUUUUGGCUCCCGAACAUCACAAACCCAGAAGUGACUGUUCUGGUUUGCAAACUAUUUUUGGAAGCCAAACGUCAGUCGGGGCUUCCGCGGCUUCCUGCAGCCAAUCAGAAGCUGCACUUUGGUUUUUGAAUGUUUUGGGAGUUGAACGGACUUCCGGAACGGAUUCCGUUUGACUUCCAAGGUACGACUGUAUACCUGUAGGAGCAUCUCCAUCCUCAUCGUUCAGCCUGGACACUGAAGUCCAGCUCCAAGGGUCUUUUGGCGGUUCCCUCACUGUGAGAAGUGAAGCUACAGGGAACCAGGCAGAGGGCCUUCUUGGCAGUGGUGCCCGCCCCGUGGAACGCCCUCCCAUAAGAUGCCAAGUAGAUAAAUAACUAUAUGACUUUCAGAAGACAUCUGAAGGCAGCCCUGUAUCGGGAAGUUUAUAGUGUUUGAUGUUUUGCUGUGUUCUUACUCUGUUGGAAACCACCCAGAGUAGAAUUCUAAGAUUAUUGUACAAUCUUGGUAAAGGGUGUGGCAGUGAUUAUUGUGAAGGCACCUCUGAACCUGCCACUACUCUACUGUAUGGGAGGAGGGGAGUUAGAAGCCAGGAAUCUCCUCCCCAUUCCCCUCACAGAACUACAAUUCCCAGAGUUCCUUGCGAUGAUAGAUUGCUAAACCCCUCUGGGAAUUGUAACUCUGUGAGGGGAAUGGGGGGGGGGGGCUGUUGCUUAACAACUCUCAGUCCCCUUAACAAACUACAGUUUUCAAGGUGCUUUGAGGGAAUCCGUGACCCAUUUAAAGUGGUAUGAUACUGAUUUAACUGUUCUGCAUGGAUGGAGGCUGAGUUUCAGCAACCCCGUCUCCCAUAGAGGCGGAUUGGGGCCUCCGAGGGUAACCCCUUGAUGGGCCACGAUGUGGGGAAAAAGGGGAAAAAGAAAGUGCUCUGGCCUUUUCUGAUUCUGCCAAGUCACCUCCUUCUGUGGGUCCUUCUUCCCUGUUUGCAGGUAUGUAACAGCAAAGGACACUGCCAUUGUCAGUCUGGCUGGGCUCCUCCGAACUGCCUGAGCAGUGGGUCGGGGGGCAGCAUAGACAGUGGGUCGGCUGCUAUGGAGUCAAGUAAGUAGCCGUGGGGCCCAGUGGGCUGGGAUAAGUGCUGCAAUUCUCAAAGAGGCUGAACGGUCAAUUGUAGCUUUCUGGGGGGAAUAGGGGUUGCUCCUAACAGCUCUCGUCACCCUUAUCAAACCCCGAGUCCCGGGGAUCUUUGGGAGAAGCCAUGACUGUUUCAAGUGGCAUCACAGGGCCUAGGACCCUCAUACCUACGGGACCGCCUCUCCCGGUCUGCCCCACGGAGAGCCUCAAGGUCCAUAAAUAGCAACACCCUAGUGGUCCUGGGCCCUAAAGAAGUUAGAUUAGCUUCAACCAGAGCCAGGGCCUUUUCAGCUCUGGCCCCGGCUUGGUGGAACUCUCUGUCUCAUGAGACCAGGGCCCUGCAGGAUCUGAUUUCUUUCCGCAGGGCCUGUAAGACAGAGUUGUUUCGCCUGGCCUUUGGCUUGGAGCCAAUUUGAUUCCCUCCCUCUCUUUCUUUUUUCUUUUCCUUCUCCUCCUGCAAUGAGGCAUUUUAAUGAGGCAUUUUAAUAUUUUAAUCUUUUGGUAUUUUAAUGUUGAAUUUUAAUUUUGUUUUAAGUUGUAAUCAUUCAACUUGUUUUUAUUAUUGCUUGUUAGCCGCCCUGAGCCCGGGCUUGGCUGGGGAGGGCGGGGUAUAAAUAAAAAAUUAUUAUUAUUAUUAUUUAAAUGCGACUCGACAAACUUCUCGCAUCAAAACCUUUGAAAAGGCCUUCAGCUAUUUUUCUAGCCGUUAGCUUCCAUUGCUGCCAUUGAUAACCUGCUUUCAGGUCUUGUUUUCGGGCUUCCCCAUGGGGAAUCCAGUUGACCACUGGGAGAACAGGAUCCUGAAGCAGGUGACCCUUUGGCCUGAUCCAGCAGCCAUGCUGUUUUUAUGUUCCUAUCUGACACCCGUUCUGGGCCUGUUAACAACUCAGUUGGCUCAAGAAAGGCAUGGUUAGCCAGGAGUCUUAUUUCUAUUACUUACUUCUAUUUUAUUUUAUUACUUACUAUUUAUUAUCUACCUAAUCAUCAUUAUUUAAAUCAUAUUCAUGUGUUGGAAAGCAUGUUUUCAAAGCCUCUUCUGGAAGCCGUAAACGUUGCGAGGCAAGACAAUUUUGAAAAUAAAACAUCAGUAACAGCAAUGGAAAAUGCCAUAAAAGGAGGCAGACAAUUGCUCUUCUACUUUCUUUUACAACAGUGAUUUCCCAAAAGUGCUGUAGCCUGAGGCCGGCUUUUUUCCUUUUCUCUUCCAAAUUAAAAAGCUUGAAGGUGCACAUAAUUCUUAGACCCAGAAAGCAGGUCCCAGUGAAAGGUCACACAGCCUUGAAGGACACUCAUGCAUAUACAAACCAGCCACAUAGUUGUUAUAUCUCCCUAGCAUCCCUUCCAGACAUCCUUUUUAUCUUGCAUCCCUGACAAUUUGUGCUCCUGAUGGCAUCAGGAUGGUUUUGUAUGCGAUCCUGCUCUUGAUACCCUUUGCUUCUCUUUUCUGUCCCGCUUUUGUUAUGUUCUAAUAGCACGAGACUCCCCCCUCCAGGCGGCAAUAAUGUUGAUAACAUUGGGGAAGCAUUGCAGAACUGCUCGUAAAAGCAGGAUGGCGUGGGGGACGGUUAAAAAUCCGCCAUGAAUGCGUGCUUUUUUCGUCGAUGAGAAGAACCUAAGGAGAUCCAAGCAGGCUCGUCUCGCGUUCUUAACUUUGCAGAACACAGCUGCAAAGUACAGCAGCCCCGGGUUGUCCCGAGCAAAGUCCUACAGAGAGCAGACCCCUUUGAAUAACUCUGUCCAAAUUGGUCGCGUUGUGGGUUUACUCUCGGGACUAGCACUGGAUGCAAACCCCCGUCUGGAGGAACCCCCUAGUGCAGCGGUUCUCAACCUGUGGGUCCCCAGAUGUUGUUGGACUACAACUCCUAUCAUCCCUGAGCUCUGGCCUUGCUAGCUAGGGGUGAUGGGAGUUGUAGUUCAACAACAUAUGGGGAUCCACAGGUUGAGAAAGGCUGCCCUAGUGCAUCAUUGCAAGAGGAGAUCAGUAUCCAGGCUAGAUUCUAGGGAAAGAGAACAGCCAGAAGAUCCUAGGAAGCGUGGAUGAGGUCAGGGGCCUAUCUAGUCCAGUGUCCUGUUCUCACAGUGGCCAAUUGGAUGCCUGCAGGAAGACCACAGGCAGGGCGUAAAGGAAAAAGCCCACUGUUGCUCGUAGGAACUUAAGAACAGCCGUGCAGCCGGAUCAGGCCAAAGGAGAGCCAUCUGAUCCAGCAUCUUGCCCUCACAGUGGCCGAACAAAUGCCUGUGGGAAGCCUGUGAGCAGGACCCGAGUGCGAGAGCAGCUCUCUCCAUUUGUGACUCCCAGGAACUCCCAGUAUUCAGAGGGACAUCCAGCCUCUGACAGCAGAGACAGAGCAAUAGCCAUUGUGGCAGGCAGCCACGCAUAGCCACCAACAGCUUUGCCCUCCACAAAUUCAUCUAAUCCUCUUUCAAAGCCACCCAAGUCAGUGGCCAUCCCCGCCUCAUGUGGCAGAGAGUUCCAUAGUUUAACUGCGUGAAGAAAGACUUUCUGCUGAUCGGUCCCGAAUCGUCCAACAUUCAGCACCCAUGGACCCAGCUCUCAUAUGUUGAGAGGGGGAGAACAACUGUCUCCACCCACGCAUAAUUUUAUAGAUUCCCAUCGUGUCACGUCUUUUCUCUCAGCUUAAGGGAGUCCCAAACGCUGCAGGAGAAUUGCUUCAAGCCUAUUGGGAAGGGAGGAUUAAACCCCCAGCCCCUCUCCUUCUGCCGGGUGGGUGGAUAGCUCCGUAUUGUAUAUAACAGCGUAGGGCGUUCAGAGCUGGUGACUGAGUUGGGAACAAGGUCUCUUUUGUUAGUGGGAAGGCAGCGGGGGAAUAUACAGCCUGGCAUGUGGCAUUGUGGACCGUGCGUCUGCCUGGCACUGAAUAACACACUGUCUCUUCUUCCCCCCACCCUCUCCUUCCCAGGGGGCAGCGCCACCUCGACCGCCUUAGUGCUGACGGCACUCUUGCUCGUCUUGGUCCUCUGCCUCGGGAUCUGCUGCACCAAGCGGGUCCACAAGCGCCUCUGGCAGAUCGGCAAGGGCACCAGCUGUCAGUACAGGUAAUGGACGGCACACCCACCUUGCCCUUUGUUCCCUGCCCCGCUUUCCACCGGUGUCCCCGCGAAAUGACUCCCCCACUUUUCCUCCAACAUCCCCUCCAAAUGGCUGCCCUAGCAAAGGUGUGAACCUUCCUUCCUCCCUCCCUCCGUCCCAUUAAAGGCCAAAAUGUGCCACCCAGGUGGCUCAAAGCCGUCAUGCCAGGAUCUCCUUUCCGAUGCUGGUUUUAAUUUCAGGACCACAAUAUCUUUCAUAGCACCUCUGCAGAUAUGACCCUAUUUGGAUUCCACCCCCUCUUCCACCUUGGUCUUCAUCUGAGUCGGUUUUCCAGGUUUUGGAGGGUGGUGGUCAAGGAACAGGGCCUUUUCAGUUGUCUGUGGAGUCUUCUUUCCAGCUAAGGUCUGCCUGCUGCCAUCGUUCCGCUUUUAUUGGCACCAGGCUGAAACUCUCCUCUCCUUCCAGGUCUCUUAGUGGAGUGUGAUCUGUUGGCCGGUGGCCUACAUGGUGGGAAUAUAACCUUGCUGCAGAAAUGUUUUUAGUGGGUUUCUUUAUGAGCUAUCUGCAAUGGCUCUAUCGGAAUGUAUUAUUUUUAUGAUUUGUUCUUUUUAAUGUUGCUUGGAGACUUGUCUGCAGCAAGCAAUGGAGAAGUCAAAUAACUGUGGAGAUGGGUUGUAUCCCGUUUCAGCCCUAGUCGGAGUAGACCCGCUGAAAUUAUUUGUUUAUUAUGUUUUUAUCCCACCUUUCCUCCAAGUGGCAUGCACAGUUCCUCCUUCUCCCCAUUUUAUCCUUGCAACAACCCUGCGAGGGAGCUUAAACUGAGAGACAGUGUCUGGCCCAAGGUCACCCAGUGAGCUUCACGACUGGGUGGAGGAUUUGAACCCUAGAAUCAUAGAAUCAUAGAAUCAUAGAGUUGGAAUAGACCACAAGGGCCAUCGAGUCCAACCCCCUGCCAAGCAGGAAACACCAUCAGAGCACUCCUGACAUAUGGUUGUCAAGCCUCUGCUUAAAGACCUCCAAAGAAGGAGACUCCACCACACUCCUUGGCAGCAAAUUCCACUGUCAAACAGCUCUUACUGUCAGGAAGUUCUUCCUAAUGUUUAGGUGGAAUCUUCUUUCUUGUAGUUUGGAUCCAUUGCUCCGUGUCUGCUUCUCUGGAGCAGCAGAAAGCAACCUUUCUCCCUCCUCUAUAUGACAUCCUUUUAUAUAUUUGAACAUGGCUAUCAUAUCACCCCUUAACCUCCUCUUCUCCAGGCUAAACAUAAACAUGAUCUCCCAGCUCUUCGUCCAAUACUCUAACCACUACACGACCGCAGGCUCCUUAACCAACAUGACUAACUUAGGUCCAUUAAUUUCAGUGGGCUUACUCUAAGCAGAGCGCAAUUGGAUGCCAUCCAGUAAUGAUAAUUCCUGCCCUAACCUCCAUCUGAUUCCUCACACUGUGUGGACACCUGGCUAUUUCUCUCCCCACGCGCCCAUUCCGUGUCCCACAAAGGGACCUCUGUCCUCCCCUCUCCCCAAUGUCACACACUGCUGUGGAACCCUAACUCUGCUCCCCUCACCCUGCAGCACUGAGACAGAGUCCCGGGUGCGAUUCAUCCGCCCAGCUGAACAAAGAGGGUAAUACGGCUGAUCCUGCAACAGCUGAGCUUUGAUGUCAUUUUUGGGUGUGAAUGAAACGGUGGAGGCUCCCCCCCUUCCUAUCUGGUGCUGGUUUGGUGCUUUGCCUGGGUUUGGUGCUUCUAUACAAAUAUACCGUAUUUUUCGCCCUAUAGGACACACUUUUUCCCCCUCCAAAAAUGAAGGGGAAAUGUGUGUGCGUCCUAUGGGGCGAAUGCAGGCUUUCGCUGAAGCCUGGAGAGCAAGAGGGGUCGGUGCGCACCGACCCCUCUCGCUCUCCAGGCUUCAGGAAGCUAUCCGCAAUCCUUGGGACCCCGCGGGAGUUCCCGCCGGUCUCCCAAGGCUUGCGGAGAGCUGCCUGCAUCCCAAAGCCCAGGGCGCGCUAAGAAGCGUGCUCCGGGCUUUGGGCAGCUCUCCGCAAGCCGUGGGAGCCCAGCGCGACUUCCCGCCGGGCUCUCUAGGCUUGCAGAUAGCAGCCUGUUCUGGGGGUUGGGGUCGGGGGAAGCUCGGGCUUCCCCCGCCCCAGCCCCGCGCCUGGGGGGGAAAAAUAAAUUUAUCCCCCCCCCCAAACGGUGCGCCCUAUGGGGCGAAAAAUACGGUAUUUCUCUUGCGUGCGCUCUUCUCUCCUUUGGGGCGAAAUCCAAGUCCCUGAGGGCUGCUUGUGGACUCUAGAACCUUUUGCAUCUCGAGGGCCGCAUUCCCUUCUGGAUGACCUAUUGGGGGCCGCAUUGCAGUGCUGGGCGGAGCCAGAGGCAAACGUGUGUUGGUCUCUCUCUGUGUUGUGUAUAUGUGUGUGUUGGCCUGUAAUAUGUCCCCUAAGACCGAGGCCUCAGCCUUUCUGUUCUCCCCAUCAGGAUCACGCACCCUGAGCCUCGGACUUACAGCCAAGCCCCACCAGGGCGCCCCCGCCCCCCACAGUUCAGGCAGAACACUGAGCUCCAGCUCAUGCCGACUUCCAAGGUAAGUGAUGGGUUCCCACCUUCGUAUGUGGAUGGCGCCUGGCUGUGCCACCUGUGAUCGCUGCAUUUCUUUCAUUUACUAAUUCGUUAGAUUAUUACAAUAUCAUUUUAUGGUUCAGACCCCUUACUCACAGCCCCCCCAAGGGUCCCUAUUUUUUCAGGGACGUUCCUGAUUUGGAGAAGCCGUCCUGGUUUCUGAUUCGAUCCCGGAAUGUCCCACUUUUCCUUAGGACGUCCCUAUUUUCAUCGGUGAAAUGUUGGCGGGUAUGGAGUUAUCUAACCCUCCAAGCCAGGGGUCAGCAAACCUUUUCAGCAGGGGGCUGGUCCACUGUCCCUCAGACAUUGUGUGGGCCCAGACUAUAUUCUGAAGAAAAAAUGAACAAAGUCCUAUGCCCCACAAAUAUCCCAGAGAUGCAUUUUAAAUAAAUGCACACAUUCUACUCAUGUAAAAACACCAGGCAGGCCCCACAAAUAACCCAGAGAUGCAUUUUAAAUAAAAGGUCACAUUCUACUCUUGUGAAAACAUGCUGAUUCCUGGACCAUCCAUGGGCCAGACUUAGAAGGCAAUUGGGCCGGAUCUGGCCCCCGGGCCUUAGGUUGCCUACCCAUGCUCCAAGCUGUCUGAAGGUAAUCCUGUAAAGGGAAGUUUUUUAAAAAAAUGUUUAAUGUUGUGUUAUGUUUUUAUAUAUGUUGGGAAGCUGGCCAGAGUGGCUGGGGCAACCCAGUCAGGUGGGCAGGAUAUAAAUAGUAAAAUUAUAUCAUUAUGGAAUGGGACGUCCCUAUUUUCAUUGGAGAAAUGUUGGAGGGUAUGUACUCGUAAUAAUGAGAUUCCAGGAGAAUUUGGAAGGGUGCUGCUUUGACAAAGUGGUACAAUAAAGUCUGGCAAAUAAGCACUUGGGGGGUUUUUUUGGGCGGGGGGUGGAAUUGACUAACUAAACUUGGCCCAAGGUUUGAAGCACAAAGACCUUUUUGCCACGAAUCGAUACACCUCCUUUCUAUGCACAUGGCUAAAAAUGAAUAGAGGGCUCCCCUAACAAUAUAAAACCUUGUGGUUAACGCAAACUGCAUAUCGCCUUCCAUACUAAGGGUAGUAACCAUAUGUUCUUUGGUUGUUAUUUUGGAUGUAAGGCCUAAACUUUCAUCUUCAGGGCUAGGGUGGGAUAUUUAAUUUAUUUGUUGCAUUUAUACCUCCACCUUUUUCUUCACGGAGCCCAGGGUGUGGAGUACAUGAUUCUCACCCUUCAUCAUUUAAUCCCCACCAUAACCCUGUGAGGUAGGCUAGGCUGAGAGGCAGUGGCUGGCCCAGGGUCACCCAGUGAGCUUCAUGGCUGAGUGGGGAUUUGAACUCGGGUCCUAGUCCAACACACAGCUUACAACCACCACACCAUGCAGGCUCUCGGCUACGUGUGUAUGAUGUAGUUAUAUGAUAAUUGCAUUUUUGUUGGAUGAGAGGAAGCUGUUUUAGUGCUGCAAAAGGAAAGAAUAGGGUAAAUUUUAGUGUGUGUUUUAGCAACAAUUCCCUCCCCCCCAAAAAAAAUAUAUAUACAGGAGGUAGGUUUUCAAAUUACUGAACUGAAGCACUCUCUCCCUUCCUCCCCAAUAGCAACAAUUUUAUUUUAUUUUAGCAUUAACAAAAAUUACCUCUCCCAGUUCUUCUUUAUUAUAUUUAUUACAUUUUGUUUCUUUAAAAAUUAACUUAUUAAAUACGAUGGAUCCAAACUGGGGAGUGGGUAGUUGUGCAGAGUCUGAAGAAAACUAGAAUCUCAUGAACUUCUUUUACGCACCAUCUCCACACACCCAGCUGUCAAAUUUUGUUUCCUGGUGAUAACUUGUUAAGUUGUACUUUUCAGCCUUACGGACAUUGCAAACUUUAAUUCCAAGGUUGCAGAUAAAACGUUUAGUAAAUUUGUGUACCAUGUGUGUGCAUGUUUACAUCUGUACAGAUAGAUAUCUAUAUCUGUCUAGAUCAGUUACAGGUUGCUCUGAAGUUUUCACUGAUUAUAAUCGGUCCGUUUGUGUGUUGGUUGCCAUGGUAACUAUAGGCUUGGGGCCUGUCUCCUAGGCUGCUGCUAUUGGUCAUUGAUGGUGGUGGGCUGUUGGGCUGUUGCCACGGGUGAUUGGCUGAAUUGUUGCUGACAGGUGGCGGGGCUUAGAAACUGUUGCUAUGGCUGGCUGUGGGAGUGGUCAGUUACUCUUGGGAGGCGGGGCUUACAGGUCCUUCAAUCCUGUUACAUCCUAAGAGUGUUACCUUGGUUUUUUGUUGGUUUGGGUGUGUUUUUUUGGGGGGGGGGAUUAGUGGGAAAAGAGAAGCAAUUACCCUUUGCACCAAAAGAGAUAAGUUCCCUUCCACCCCGCUGGCCCGGAAGCAUUUGAUGCUAAAUGUAAUAUUUUAAUAUAAACUCAGCUGCAUACACUGCAGACUAAUUUUAAUCAUGAAGUGCCGUCUCAGUUUGAAGGGCUUAAUUUUCCAGGCCUACCCUCCAAAUGCUGAGUAGAGUUAAAAAACGAGAGAAAAAAGUUGGGUGGGGGGGCUUUGCAAUGGAGUAUGCUGGUAGAGGGCGUGGAAUGGAGUGUCCCAGAAGCAGAGGUGUGGCUGGCUGGCUGGGAGCCUGAACAGGAGCACUCUUUCUUAGGAGCUGGGGAUGCGCUGCAACAUUUUUGUUGCUGCGCAACCCCUUUGUUUAAUUUUUAAGUCGGAAGAGGGGGCCCGGCGCGUCCAUAAGGGAGCUGAAUCUCCCACAGGCCCCACUCUCCCUGUAAACACAGCCCUGAAUAAAAGGCAAACCUUCAGAAUGGAACAAUUUCCCCAGAAAAAGGGGGAGGUGUUGCCCUGUGAGACUAUAUGGUAUUGUGAAAGAGCAGGUAGAAGUGUACAUAGGACUGGCUAAGGAGAAAGUCCCACAGCACCCUCAAGUGGCUGGAGGGUGUUAUGACAGCUUGUGCUGCCUCCUUAGGCUUACUGCAAAGGUGGGACUCUGACUCCCAUCAGCGCCGGCAUCCAGUGAUGAUGGGAGUUGUAGUCCAUCCACAUCUGGAGGGCCGCAGCUUCCCCAGCCCUGCUGUUACUAGGCUUAAAUGCUCUAUAAUUCACCAAAACCCUGUGCCAUAUUUGUAGAAACCUGGUUCUAAGCCAGAAUAGAUGUGACUUAACUAGGUUAAUUAAUUUGAGUGGGUUUGUUCUGAGUAGAGCAUGGCUGGAUAUGACCUCUAAAUGCUUAUUUUUUUAAUUCCUGAGGCUCAGUGGGAUUCUUUAAAAUGCGACUAGGAGAAGACCCCCUUCCUUAAUUUUGGAACGCCCUUUAGUUUCUCCUUCCUAAGCCUCCCACACCAGGCUCAGGCUGGCUGGUGGCAGUUUAACCCAGUGGAGCUCAAGGCACUCUGUACGUGCUCUGGGACACCCCUUUCUUCUUACUCGCACGAGGUGUUAGCGGCAGAGCCUCUGCAACAUGUUCUGGGACCGAUCUAAGACUCAGAAUUAAAUUCCUAAAUGGACGAGAAAUUUUGGAGUGCCUGUUUCUCUCUCUGUCUGUCUCUCUCUUCUCCUUGCAUGGUUGCAUUUGCAUGAAUGUGUGUGCCUCUCAUGUACCCCUAGCCAUGCAUGCCACAGGCCGGAAAGAUAACACCCUCUCUCUCUUCUCUCUCUCUCUCUCUCUCUCUCUCUCUCUCUCUCUCUCUCUUUCUCUCUAUCUCUAUCUCUUCCAAUCUGCUCUCUGGUUUCCUUGUGGCGCUGCCUUCCGUCUCUCUGCAGCCUGCUGCCCCCGAUGCUUCUCGACCUGACCCACCAUCCAAGCCUCUUCCGCCUGACCCGAUCCCAAAGGGUCAACAGGUAACGGAGCGGGAGGAAGGAGGGGGCAGGGGCAGCUUGUCCCUUGACCCCAUUGCAUGGUCUUCUGCGACGGGAGGAAAAGCCGUCGGUCAAUGGCAGGGCCUCGGUGUUUUGUGCAGGUGUCCCAGAUUCCAUCCCUGAUGGCAUUUCCAGCUAAGUGUUGCCUGAAACCCAGGAGAGAGGCUGCCAGUCCGUGCGGACAGUGCUGAGCUAGAUAGACACAAUGGACUAACUUUGGUAUUUAAAAAAACAACCGUUUCCUGGCUUCCUCUUUAAAUCAGAGCUUUAUGCAGAACCAUGAGGACUAACCACCCUACUAAAAAAGUUAGUCAAUAAACUUAACCUAGCAUGGGGAGGACAAGCAAAGGAGGAUGCCUCCCCCCUCCCCAGUGUGACUCCCCUUUAUUACAUGCACAGCACAAGACAGUGACCUAACCCAAGCAUACGAAUCAAUAUGACUAAUUUGACCCAUCAACGCAGCUCCCUUCACCAACAAACGACACUGCAACCAAGCUCUGGGCCCUCCAAUCUCUCGCAGUGCCAAUGAAAACAAAUAGAUAGAUAGACCUACCCGUGUGACACUGGCACAAAAUCCCUGCCCAAACACUGCAAUAGAACGAAAGGUCAUUAUUCUCCCUAUUUCUCUCUCUCCCCCCUCUCUUUUCCCCCAUCUGCGCAAUGUCCGACAACAGUGUCUCAUACUGAAUGUCAACAAACCGUGAAAAGGUCCCUAUGAAUUCUGUGAACCACCCUAAGACCUUUGGGUAUAGGGCGGUAUAUAAAUUCUAACAAUAAUAAUAAUUAGAAAGUGGAGGUACUAUAUGUACUUUUCCAUGUUCGUUUGUUUUGUAGCACAAGAAAAUCUGUAAUAAAAAGAAUAAUUUAAACUAGAAAAGUACCAUGAGGACUAGAAUCCAGCAAAAUUCAACCACAGGUUCCCUCAUCCUUGGUCUAAGCUGACUGGUGGGGCCCCUCCAGGUUUUCAGACAAGAGAGCCUUUUCCAGUCCUACCUUGAGAGAUGCCGGAGGCUGAAACGGAGUCCUUCUGCAUGCUCUGUUUCUGAGUCGCGGCCAAACCUUAAAAACAUGUAAGGUUCCGGUCCUCAUGGUUCUGAGCAAAUACAAACAUAGGAAGCUGCCUGCUGCUGAGUAAGGCCAUCGUUUCCACCCAGCGGUGGCUCCUGAGGGUCUUUAUCCAGCCCUGCUUGAGGAUUCUGGGGAUUGGACCUGGGACCCCCUUAAUCCAGAUCUGCCUUCCCUUAGUAAACAGCAAGGCCCUCCCAUGCUUCUUCCAGAGCUGCUCCCCCAACAUACAACACCCCCCAAUCUUUUUCUUCUUCUUCUUCUUCACCCGAGCAUGUCUUGUCUGUUGCUGUACCUCCUCUUUCUGCCCAGGCCUCGGUCCAGGACAGGCCAGCGCCCCCAACGCGCCCAUUGCCUGCUGACCCCAUUCCUAAAGAUGCUCAGGUAACUGGCAGCAUGGUGCCAUUCCUGGUGGUGGUGUGUGUGUUUUUGGAAAGGGAGGAGGGUGGUCUGUUUGGGCAGGGUGGAAGGUGGAUGGGAACAGCUGUGGGUGUUAAUGGGAAGGUCCCUCCCCCAGUUCCCCUCCAAAAACAGGGAGCGAUCCCUCUUCUCCAUACUCCUGGGUUUCCCCGGACAUUUUAUCCGAAUAUCGAUAAAUUCCACCCAAAAUCCAUUUCCAAGGACGAAUCCCAGUUGUCCAGGAAAUUCCAGGCGUAUGCCAGCCCUAUUCCUCCCCGUCCGAUGGGGAAGAAUUUUUAUCCCAUAAUUUUCACCUUACCUGGCUCUCGUCCUGGAGAGGGUCCUGGUGCUUUUUUGUGCUGCUUGCGCUUCUUGGAGCAGAGCAGUGUGAUGUCAUAACCAAGGCAUUCUGGGAAGUGCCAAGAAAAAAACACACCAAGAACUCAGGCCAAUGUAAGUUUCAAUAGUGGGAGUGUCCCUACUCACAAAUCAAUAGUCAAUAGUAACAAAAACUAAUCCAUUCAAAAGUAUGUAUUCCGACGAGGGUUACAAACUCAAAUAGAGAUUACAAACUCUAACAGAGAUUACAAACUCAAACUCAUAAAAAUAUGUACAACACAAUAAUUCAUUACACAAUUAGAGAUAAGAGUUUAUGAGUAGAGAUAAGUUCAUGUUAGUCCAGAUUCAUCGUGGAGGUCUUAGUUUCAAUCCUUGAGCAGAAGUCAGAAGUCAGUUAUGGAUUAGAAUCCAGGACAGUAAUAAUAUAAUAAUAAUAAUAAUAAUAAUAAUAAUAAUAAUAAUAAUAAUUUAUUAUUUGUACCCCGCCCAUCUGGCUGGGUUUCCCCAGCCACUCUGGGCGGCUUCCAUAGAAACAAAAAAUACAGUAAAAUAUCACAGAUUAAAAGCUUCCCUGAACAGGGCUGCCUUAAGAUGUCUUCUAUUUCGAUGUACUCACCUUCAUCAGCUGGAAGUAUCAAAUAUUACAUGAAAGUACGUUUAAAUUCUCAAUUAUCAUAAAUUAUAAUUUAUAAAACAGUAUUAUAUUAUUAAAACAAUUCCUUACCUAAAUUUUAAAGGGUCAUGUAAGUUUGAAGACUUUUGGAUAAAUAUGUCCUGUUAUGUUCUACGUUUCUCAAGGAUAACAGCUGAAAAUAAUCAAUAUUAAUAAUAGUUACAUGUGUUGAAUCAAAUUAAAAACUCUAAGGUUACAAUUGACUAUUGAUUUGCGAAUAGGGACCACUCCCACUAUUGAAACUUAUAUUGGCCUGAGUUCGUGGUGUGCCUUUUUCUUGGUAUAUUUAAUAACAAGAACUCCAACUUAUUCUGGGAAGUGCGGCCGAUGGGAAGCUCCCAAGAGAGCCUAGCGUUGCUGUAAGUGGGAUGCAGCCUUCUUUAGCAUCUCAUGCGAUACUGGAACCUUGCGGCCAUCCAGGGACGCCGAAUGUCGAGAGGUUUGGAGCAGACAAAAGGAAAGACUGUGGAACUCACUCCCACAGGAGGCAGAGAGGGCCACCGACAUGGGUGGCUUUGAAAGAGGAUUAGACAGGUGGAUGGAGAGGAAAGCUGUUCCGCUCACAGAGCUACAAUUCCCAGAGUAUCCCCAGGAAGAGGGAUUAAUUGUUAAACCACCCGCAGAAUUGUAUAGCUCUGUGAGCAAAUGGGGAGGUCACUUAACCGCUCUCAGCACCCAUAACAAACUACAGCUCCCAGAAUUCUUUGAGAGAAGCCAUGGCUGUUUAAUGGGCUAUCCCCGUGCUUUAAAUGUAUGGUGCAUAUUAAAGAUAUGUAACCACUUGAAAGAAACAAUUAGGCCUAGGAUUAAAAUGGAAUUAAAUUUAUAAAUAAGAAAAUGUACGAUAAGGAAAGCUAUGUAAUAUGAUUAGGACUGUGAUAUGGUUUUUUGAAACUCUGAUAUUGGAAACUGCUACAUAUAAUUACUAAGAAAUUCGGAUGGAAGAGAUUCAAGGAAGUCAAAUACUAUGUUUAUGAAGAUGGAUGGUACUUAAUUUUAAUUAAUUAAGUGGUAAUAUGUUGUAUGUAUCUUUUUUCUCUUUUUCUCCUAUUUUUUGUUUGUUUUUAUUAUUGUUAAUCUUUUUUUUUUUUUACUAUGUUUAUCUACUGAAAAUAAUUAAUAUUAUUUGGGGGGGGGAAUGUAUGGUGCCAAUGUGGCCUGAGGCAAAUUUUAGGCACGGGACACAACAACCAGUCGGUGGUGUUUAAAACCCAGUGUACCACUUUGAACAGCCACGGCUGUCAUUGUCAUUCUGUCAUGACAGAAAGACCAAGAGAAAAACGACAGAAAGACUAAGAGAAAAAGACAACAGAGACUUUGAAAAAGAUCAUAUUAUAUUUGCAGAAACAAAGAAAGGCAAUAGACUUGAUGGCAGGAUUUAAAUAAACAUUCACUUUAUUAGUACCAGAAAAUGUUUAGAAGACAGUGAAAUAAGAUGAUGUCGUUAAUUUUAUUUUUACAGGUUUGAUGUUAUGUUAUUAAUAACCUUUUCUGUUGAGAGAUAGCAAAGUGGAUAAAAAUAGAAACAAACCAGGAACGCAAGUUGGGGAGCAAGUCUUGGAGGGGAGGGAGGGAGGAAUAUAUAGUAAACGUUAAGAAUUUGAGAUGUAUGUAAUGAAUGAAAAAGAAAAAUGAAUAAAACUUUUUUUGAAGAAAGGACAGCCAUGGCUUUUCCCAAAGAAUUCUGGGAGCUGUUUUCUUGUCAAGGGUGCUGAGAGUUGCUAGCAGGCCCUUUUAUUCCCCUUUUCCCAGGGGAAAGAAGUGAAACUUGUAACUCAUUUACGUGGUUCCACUCUCUGAGCAUAAUUUAGCUUGACACCAGCCAUGGAAAUAUAGAUAAUAUUCGUUUAAGGGGCAUCUGGUUGGCUACUGUGGGGAGAGGAUGCUGGGCUGGAUUGGCCGUGGGCCGGAUCCAGUCUUCUUACAUACUUAAGUUGACAUCAAAGCAAGCAGAAAAAUGAGAGAACCCCUGGCCAUUUUGUAAGGUUAAUUGAAUUGAGUGGCAGCCCCCUCACAAAGAUGUCAGGAAAAAUUGCUUAUACACACGUGUUAUUUUUGCAUUGUGUGUGUGUGUGGUGUCGCACCCACACACUUAAUGAAGAGUCUAAAAAUAAAUGUUCUGCACCUCUCUGGCUUCCCCUCCCUUGCUUGCGUGAGGCGGUGCGCAAGCGUUUCAGCACGCAUCGCAACCCGCCUCCCCUAAUUCAGGCUCCCUCUGUUUUCCUCUCAGCCCCCUGCCAAGCCUCCACCACCCCAGAAACCGCUCCCUUCGGAUCCCCCCCGGGCCGAACUCUGCGCUGUUCCCAACUAUGACCCUCGGGUCCAGAUGCUGCCAUCGAGGUGAGUGGAAGAACGGGAGGCGGCUGGGGUGGGAGAGGCCGAGAGGGAGGUGGCUGCUUCUUUUCCAGCUGCGGGGAAUUGGAGGAGAGGGGUGGUGGGCAAGACAAGCUGCUUAAACCAGGGCUUCCCAAACUUGGGUCUCCAGCUGGUUUUGGACUACAGUUCCCAUCAUCCCUGACCACCAGUCCUGCUAGCUAGGGGUGAUGGGGGUUGUAGUCCAACAACAGCUGGAGAUCCACGUUUGGCGAAGCCCUGCCUUUCAACGGUGCUGCAGGUGGUUUUAGAUGUUCUCAAUGCCAUAUUUACUUGAAUGUAAUGUGCACUUUUUUGGCCAAAUUACGUUGUGAAAAUUGGGGUGAGCAUUAGAUUUGAUGGCGCAUUAAAGGUAAAGGUAAAGGGACCCCUGACCAUUAGGUCCAGUCGUGACCGACUCUGGGGUUGCGGCGCUCAUCUCGCUUUAUUGGCCGAGAGAGCCGGCGUUUGUCCUCAGACAGCUUCCGGGUCAUGUGGCCAGCAUGACUAAGCCGCUUCUGGCGAACCAGAGCAGCGCACGGAGACGCCAUUUACUUUCCCACUGGAGUGGUACCUAUUUAUCUACUUGCACUUUGUGCUUUCGAACUGCUAGGUUGGCAGGAGCUGGGUCCAAACAACGGGAGCUCACCCCAUCGCGGGAAUUCAUCCUAGGCUCUGUGGUUUAACCCACAGCGCCACCCGCAUCCCUGAUGGCGCAUUAGAUUUGCGUAAAUGCGGCAAUAAUGGUUCAUUUCAUAGUCGCCUCGUACCCAAUGUUGCUUGGGAAUUCUAUUAUUAUUAUUAUUAUUAUUUAUUAGGAUUCAUAUACCACCCUUCAAUGAAAGAUCUCAGGACAGUUCACAAAAUAAAAAUACAAGAUAAAAGCACAAAUAAAUAGUUAGAAACACACACAAAAAUAACCCCCCCACCCCAAUGGAGUGCAAUUUUGAAUGGUGCAACGAUUCAAAAUGGCGUCCAAUUGUAUGUGCUGGCCAGUGGUCAGGGAUGUUGUAACUUAACGUUAUUGGAUUCCGGCUCCCAUCAGCCCCCAGUCAUCAUGGGCAAUGGUCAGGGAUGAUGGGAGUUGUAGUCCGGCGACAUCUGGAAGGCUCCUUAGCCCUGCUCUAGUGAAGUUAAUUAAAAAAGAACUUGUUCCGACAUGUACACCUCAGCGCAAACCUUUCCUUCAUUUUCUGCUUCCCACGCAGGCCAGCUCCUCCUCCUCCUCCCAUGGUGUCCGGCCCGUCAUUACACAUCCACAACAUCUAA